ACUUGAGAGUUUUAGUAGUGAAGUGAUCAUUCUUGUAAAAAAUGGCUUUCGCUAAUGCACAUGCAUUUCUCUUACUUGCAGUAUUGUUCUCAUCCAUGUUUGCCACUGGACUAGCCAAUUAUGACUUCAAUUAGGGUCCUAAAUAUACUAAUCCACCAAAUGCUACUCAGACCUCCAAUAAAUUCGUCGUUGGAGGUUCGGAAAAAUGGCAUUAUGGCUUCAAUUACAUGGAUUGGGCUCGAAACAGUGCUCCUUUCUUUGUUUAUGACACCUUAGUGUUCAAGUAUGAUCCACCAAAUGUAAAUGGUACCGGAAUUGCACACAGUGUUUACUCAUUCCCAAACUAUUGGAGCUUCAGUAAGUGCGACUUCAGAAGAGCUAAAAGGAUAGCAGAUUCAAGUCAGGGUGCAGGGGAAGGAUUUGAGUUUGUGUUGAAGAAAAUGCAGACUUACUAUUUUGCUUGUGGAGAGCAUCAAGGCAUCCAUUGCAAGACUGGGAACAUGAAGUUUUCUGUGAUGCCUCUCAAACAUUGGCGUUUCUAAAUUAAAUGAGAGCAACAUGUUGUGU